AGAGGCAGGCCGAAUCAGAAGAUGCUUUUGUGCUUCUACAACGCUGACACACUUCAGAAACCACGCUUCUGUGAGUCAGAGCGGACUCCACGGUAUCACCGUGCAUCAGCCAAGCCCAGUCUGAGGGAGCUGAACAGGUCACUUUCACACUUAGAGCAAAACAAAGCGCCUGGCUUUGUUUGACAAGAGGAAGCAAUGUCGGGGUUGAAGAAACGGAGUUCAAAUGCGUCUGCGGACAGGGAUGAAGACGACAAGCAAGUGACGGAGAAGAUGCUCUCCGGCAGAGGUGGGAAUGGCAACAUGAGCCGACCAGGAGACGGCACGCCUGAAAGCCCCACCGCAGAUAUUACCUCUGCGGAUGGAGAAGAGACAGUCGUGCUGAAAAGAACUAUUACUCUCGUAAACGGCGUGGCCAUUAUUGUAGGCACCAUUAUUGGGUCUGGCAUCUUCGUAACACCGACCGGAGUGGUGAAAGAAGCCGGUUCAGUCGGGUUGUCGCUGAUUGUGUGGGCUAUAUGCGGCGUCUUCUCCACUAUAGGCGCUCUGUGCUACGCCGAGCUGGGGACCACCAUCACCAAAUCUGGGGGUGACUACGCUUACAUCCUUGAAGUUUACGGCUCCCUACCUGCGUUUCUGAAACUCUGGAUCGAGCUUCUCAUCAUCAGGCCGUCCUCGCAGUAUAUUGUCGCCUAUGUUUUCGCUACCUACCUCCUGAAGCCCAUCUUUCCCAAUUGUCCUGUCCCUGAAACAGGGGCUAAGCUGGUCGCCUGCCUGUGUAUCCUGUUGUUGACCGCUAUCAACUGCUACAGUGUGAAGGCCGCCACAAGGGUUCAAGAUGCCUUUGCUGCUGCUAAGCUAGUCGCCCUGGGCCUCAUCAUCAUUAUUGGCUUUGUGGAGAUCGGCAAAGGUGAUACUACUGAUCUUUUGCCUGAAAAUUCGUUCAAAGGAACCAAAACAGACUUUGGCAACAUCGGAUUGGCUCUUUACAGUGGGCUGUUUGCUUAUGGAGGAUGGAAUUAUUUGAAUUUUGUCACAGAGGAGAUGAUCGAGCCAUUCAAAAAUCUGCCUCGGGCCAUCAUCAUCUCACUCCCCAUUGUCACUGUUGUCUAUGUGCUGACCAACCUGGCCUACUUCACCACACUCAGUCCGGAGCAAAUGCUCUCAUCUGAGGCUGUUGCUGUGGACUUUGGAAACUACCACCUAGGACCAAUGGCUUGGAUAAUCCCUGUGUUUGUGGGCCUGUCCUGCUUUGGCUCUGUGAAUGGCUCUCUGUUUACUUCAUCUAGGCUGUUCUUCGUGGGCUCCCGAGAAGGUCAUCUUCCCAGUUUGUUGUCGAUGAUCCACCCUGACCUUCUGACCCCUCUACCUUCACUUAUAUUUACGUGUAUCAUGACUCUUCUCUACGCUUUCUCCAAUGACAUUUUCUCUGUCAUCAACUUCUUCAGCUUCUUUAAUUGGCUCUGCAUCGCCAUGGCCAUCCUUGGCAUGAUGUGGUUACGCUACAAGAAGCCUGAAUUAGAACGACCAAUUAAGGUCAAUAUUCUGCUGCCCAUUGUCUUCGUAUUGGCCUGCAUGUUCCUCAUCGUGGUGUCCAUCUGGAAGACCCCUGUGGAGUGUGCUAUAGGAUUUGGAAUCAUCGCCACAGGAGUUCCUGUGUACUUCUUCGGCGUUUGGUGGCAGAACAAGCCAAAAUGGCUCUUGCAGAUCAUCUUCUCUGCCACGGCGACAUGCCAGAAGCUGAUGGAAGUGGUACCUCAGGAGUCCUGAAGACCAAACGGAGCGGCAGAUGCCUCUUCCGCGCACAAGUCUCCUCGUACCCACCUUUACUGUAUUCCUCGACUGCCUCACCUCUUCUUGUGUGAGCCAGAAAACGUCUUAUCCUGCUGACACAGGCAAAAUCUAUAUGAAUUACCACAUAAGAAACCAGACAACAUCGGGUCACAGGAGCAUUUCAAUUGAGAUGUAGAUUUUGCAUGUCCUUCCUCAAUCAAAUGUAUUAUACUGUAUACAUCAAUACAUCAAUUUAUUAUAUAUAUAUAUAUAUAUAUAUAUAUAUAUAUAUUUUUUUUUAACUACCAGAGAUAUGUGUCAUAUAACUUGGUCAUCCCUUUAUUUAGGGCUUUGUUUAUGAUUUUUAGCUUCCUGUAUCGUAUUUUCAGCUUUUAUUUCAGAAUGUACGUGAGGAAAAGUGCGUACCGAGCUUCCCUCAUACUUGUGGAGAGGCGCCAUUGUCUCAGCAACCAGAACCGUGAUUCCCACCUGACCGACAAAUUUGCAUCUUGGAUUACGGAAUAUCCUAUUAUGCAUUUCUUUUUCUACAGCAGAUAAUGACCAGUUUGCUGUGCCUUCUCUGUUGGUGUAGAAUUGUAUUAUUUUUUGAGAUCGACUUGAUAUGACUUUAUACGUCAACAGAUUUAUUUUUGAUAGCUUAAUGCAGUUUUUUUAGUGUUACUAAGAAUUUCAAGGAAUCUCCUUUUUGUUUGGUCAUGGUCCUCUAAUUUAAUAUUACAAAAGGCGUAGACGUACAGUAUUCACAAAUUCAUCAGAAUACCUAUAGCCUUGCCGCUUACCUCAGUAAACAUACAGGACAUUACAUUCAUAGACCUGGCUGUAUAUUUUUAUGCCUACUUUUGAUUUAAUGAAGCACAAAAGAUAAGGUGCUGUUUUCCUUUUUUUAAUGUUUAGCACCUCUUUUCUGCAUCUGUUAUGCAAGUAUAACUUAACACUGGACCACCUUUUUUAUUUCGUUUCCCUUAAAUUUGGCAAUUAUUUAAACAAAGCAAAGUUGCUUGGUAGUUACGAACUUUUAAAAGAAAGUUAUGUCGUCAUUUAAAACAGUUUGUUGCUGUUGUACUAUGUAUGGUUUGUCAGUUACUACGUGUUUUUAUUGUACCGUCAAGGUAUCGUUAAAAAAAAAAAAAAAAGAUAAAAAUACCCUUACCGAAGAGAUUUUAGUGCCUCAUCAGUUUGCGAACUGAAAAAUUCAGAAUGAAUUUGCUUGAAAAUGCGAUAUCGUUAUUGUGUUUCAGUUUUAGACGGCUGUACGCAAAAAAAAAUUCCGUUAUCUUCGUUAGUUUCGGUUAAAUGGACAUUUGUUCCUAUACUGGACCAAAACCAGUUGUAUGUGCGGGUGAAAAUGCACAUUUUCCGUUAAAAAGUGGUGAGAGAAACACUAGGGGUGUUUUGGGUGAUGGAGGGGGGUGUUAUUUUAGGACAAAAUGGAAAUUGUCCUUUGGCUAUUUUGAUUACAGAAACAUUUCCAAGGCUUCUGGAUAGAAGGACUCUUUAGAUCCGACAUGCUUUUCUUCAGUGCUGUUAUGUUUAUAGUGGGUGUUUAGAUAAUGAAGCUUUGUAUUAUUUAGAGUAUUACAGCAGUAAGACUAACACUCCAGCCAACGAGAUCAUUUUAUCUAAUUUAAAUAGUUAUGUAGAAAUUUACUUAUAUUUAUUUAUUAUUUUUAGAGUCAUUCAGUUAGUGCUCUAAUAAAUUUUUACAGGGCAUUUUUAAAGAAAUGCUGAAAAUAAAUUGUUACUGAUAUUUUUUUUCCUUCUUCAGAAAAUGAUUUUUUUAUAUUUGUGUUUUUAUUUUUAUUUUUUUGUGAAUCUGUAAAUGUAUUUUGUAACUGAUGGCUUGUCGUAGUUUCCAUUUGUGCCCAUUAAUAUAAAAAUAACUGCAGAUGAGCUGAGUCUGCCUGCACUGACAUCUGCCCCUUGAAAACAGACCACAUCACAGUGACGCUACAUUUUACUAUUUUUUUGUUGACGUAUGAUGAAUUAUAUUUGCUCAUCGCAGAUCUUUCGGUAUCAUUGGUGUCUUCGUUAAAUACUAAUAAAAAAGAAAAUAAAAAAACUUCAAGAUAUGACUGACUCUUAUGUGUAUGCUUAUGUUCUUCGAAUAAAAAUUGUCCACUAAACAGUUUCUUUAAACUUUUGUUUCUAUAAACACCAGAUUUUGCAUUUAUAAACUGGCAUGUAUAAUUAAACUUUAGAUCCAACAGCUAUCUUUACAGGCAUGCAAACCCUUUUACCUGAGGGCAGACUCGCUUUCAUCGGUUCAUUUUUUCGCUUUCAUCGGUUCACUCUUUUGAGAGAAGACUGUUUUCUUGUGUAGAUGAUCUCUAAUCAGUCAGCUACACUGCUUAUAGAACUCUGAACAGUUCUAAGUGUUCUAAGUAUUCUGUAACCAUCUGUCCUGUCUUCUCAGUGAUGUCCAGUGAAAAACAACUAUGGAGAGAUCCUAUUGAGCAGGUUCUUGUAAUGGUUGUGUCUACUGUACAAAAACCUUUUUUUAGAAAUUAAACAAUUCAUGCUCUGUGAUUUUUACUUUGUUGCAGAACAUUGUUGAGUAUUCAGAAAAAUAAAACAAGAAUGCAU